AUGGCACUUUGUCUUUUGAGAGAUGUCAUGAUUGGAAAUCAAUGGGAGGCUGGUAUGGGUCAACAACACAUGAGGUUUAUUGCAGCCGAAGCAUUUGAUCCAGUCGCACACACACUUGGUGAUGAUGAAGACUGCGGUCUCUGCCGUGAGCCCCUCAGAGACGUAGAAGAGCAAGGAGUGCUAGUGAUUACCCACUGCAACCAUGUGUUUCAUCAGAAGUGCCUUGAAGAAUCUCUUAAAGUGUCACCUAACGUCGAUUGUCCAGCUUGCAAAGCAGAACUUCGUGGGCACAAUCAAGCACCUCAAGAUAUUCAAGGGCCCGACCAAAUCUCAGAAUUUCUUACAUCUUUCAUGACGCCUGAGCCACAGUCUUUCCCUUCUGAACAACCUAUUACGGAGCAGUACCUUGAUCAGUUGGAUGCUGACGUUGGAGAAGCUAUUGCAAGGGUUCGAGAGGCUGAUGGAGAUGUCAGAGCCAUCGAGAGAGAGAUAGAAGAAGUACAGCAGGUUGAACUUCUCGGACGACCUGCAGGAACCCGCGUGAAAAUGACACGCAAUGCCCAGGGAGUGAUUGAUUGCGUCCACCUUAGUUGCAUGAUGUCGUAUGCCCCAGGCGAAGAAAUCAUUGACGCGGGUGCUAUGAUGUUGCUUAGACGAAGAGUAAUGAUGGAAGCGAUUAAAGCAUGGGCUCAAACAGAUUGCAAAGUGGCUGUCGAAGCACGAAACCGAGCAAGACAGGAACUAGCAAUUCGAGCAGAACAAGCAAAUUGGAUAAUGACAGAGUUGCUCAUAGAGAUGACCGGGUGGCUAUCACGUGGAAGUGCUCUAGGCUCUCGAGUAUACUAA